AGUAAAAAGUUGUAUUUGCUACUAUUACAAAAAGAGAAAAUUACGACAAUAACAGACUUCAAGAAGUUUUGUUUUUCUAUAUUUUUAAAUAUUGUGAUAAAGUUUAUACUCCAAAAAUGAAUAUUCGAAAAUCAAAGCCAGAAGAUCUGAUGAACAUGCAGCACUGUAACCUGCUGUGCCUGCCAGAAAAUUACCAGAUGAAGUACUACUUCUACCAUGGACUCUCUUGGCCACAGCUUUCAUAUGUUGCAGAAGAUGAGAAUGGUAAAAUUGUGGGUUACGUUCUGGCAAAAAUGGAAGAGGACCCUGAAGACUCGGUUCAACACGGACACAUCACUUCACUGGCUGUGAAGCGUUCUUAUCGGCGUCUGGGGCUUGCCAAAAAGUUAAUGGACCAGGCGUCAAGGGCAAUGGUUGAGUGUUUUGAUGCCAAAUAUGUCUCCCUACACGUAAGGAAGAGUAACAGAGCAGCUCUCCACCUAUAUACAGAGACACUCAAGUUCGAAAUAAGUGAAAUAGAGCCCAAGUACUAUGCUGACGGUGAGGAUGCCUAUGCCAUGAAGAGGAAUCUCCAUGAGUUCAGAUAUAAUCCAAAAGACCAUGAAAGCUGUGCGCUAACUGUUGAGCAGGCAAAGAAGGCUGAAAUCACCACGGUAACCUCACAACUGGAAGAGCUGACUGUAAAUUGACAGCUGUGUAGAGAAACAGACAAUCUUUAAUUUAUACAUGAGUAAGGAAAUUCUCCCCAAAUCCACACAUUACUAUAUAUACUGAGCGAUGUCAGUUACAUCAUUAGGAAUGGGGAUGUUUGCUUGGUUAAUGAAUGAUUUCAAUGUGUUUGUGAAAUUGUAACAGUCAUGAUUGUGUGAAUACAUGAUGCAUGUAAGUGGCAUUCAGUCAUCAUUUUAUUAGGUUAUUUUGAUUCAAAUUUGAUUCAAGAUCUUUGUUAGCUCUUUUUGUCGUAAUAAAUGAUCUUAUCCA